CUUUUCCCAUUACAACGUUUGCGGCUGAACGAGAGACAUCAUGUCUGGUAGAGGCAAGGGCGGGAAGGGGCUCGGCAAGGGCGGCGCCAAGCGCCACCGCAAGGUGCUGCGCGACAACAUCCAGGGCAUCACCAAGCCGGCCAUCCGCCGCCUGGCUCGGCGCGGCGGCGUCAAGCGCAUCUCGGGGCUCAUCUACGAGGAGACGCGCGGCGUGCUGAAGGUCUUCCUGGAGAACGUCAUCCGCGACGCCGUCACCUACACCGAGCACGCCAAGAGGAAGACGGUCACGGCCAUGGACGUGGUCUACGCCCUCAAGCGCCAGGGACGCACCCUCUACGGCUUCGGCGGCUAAACUCCAGUCACUAAAAUUACAUCAAUAAAACCACCAAGGCUCUUUUCAGAGCCACCCACAAA